GGUAGCUCUCAUUCUGCUGUCCUUGUUCAUGUUUCCUCUUGGACAAUCCUUGACAAUGUCUUGGGAAUCUCUUACACAUGAAGUCGGCAAUGUUAUGGCAAAACAUGCACCAACAUUCCAACAAAUUAAAGGGCAUUAUGGGCAUGACAAUUGGUCGUUACAUAACUUCCCCCAUUAGCCUCACGUCCUUCUAUGUGAAUCCUUAUAUAUACAAACCUCAGUUUCAAUUUGCUUCUCAACCAUUUUCUCAAGUACACAUCGUAACCUCUUCUCUUAAGCACCAGAGAUCACAGCAUAUCCUUGUAGCUCGAUCGAUGGAUAAACUUGAGCUUGUUGAAGACAAGGUGGAUUGGAAGGGAAGGUCGGCUGUGAAAUAUAAACAUGGAGGAAUGAGAACUGCUGUGCUCAUACUAGCAACAUUUGGUUUUGAGAACAUGGCAACUUUUGCCCUGGCUGUGAACUUGGUUACAUACUUCAAUGGGGUCAUGCACUUUGAACUAGCAGAUGCAGCUAACCAGCUUACCAACUACAUGGGAACUGGUUAUAUUCUCUCCAUUAUCGUGGCCAUCCUUGCAGACACCUUCUUUGGCAGAUUCAAAACUCUUCUCACUUCCGGAUGCUUCGAGUUUGUGGGACUAGCACUACUAACUGUGCAAGCUCACUACCCCAAACUGAGGCCACCACUCUGUAAUGUGUUUGAUCCAACUGCUAUGUGUGAGAAAGUUGGUGGUGGAAAUGCUGCACUGCUUUUUAUUGCUCUCUACAUGUUGGCUGCUGGGGCUGCCGGGAUCAAGGCCACAUUGCCAUCACAUGGUGCUGAUCAGUUUGAUGAAAAAGACCCAAGAGAGGCGAGGCAGAUGUCCAGUUUCUUCAACUUGCUGUUGCUGGCAGUGUGCUUGGGUGGUGCAGUCAGUUUGACACUAAUUGUGUGGAUCCAAGAUAAUAGAGGAUGGGAUUGGGGCUUCGGGUUCUCCACAAUUGCCAUGUUCUUGGGUGUGGUCAUCUUUUUUGCAGGAUUGCCCUUGUACCGGAUACAACCUAUCAGAGGAACUAGUGCCAUAGUUGAAAUUAUACAGGUGUAUGUUGCAGCCAUCCGUAACAGAAACCUUAGCCUUCCUGAGGACCCUGCAGAUUUGUAUGAGAUUAACAAAGACAAGGAAGCUGCUCUUGAAGAAGAAUUUCUACCUCACAGAUCCAUUUUUAGAUUUUUGGACAAAGCAGCCAUCCAACCAUCAACAACAGGGCAAGUUGAUGAACAGCAGCCUCCAAACCCAUGGAAGCUCUGCAGAGUGACCCAAGUGGAAAACGCAAAAAUCAUACUAGGCAUGGUCCCUAUAUUCGGCUGCACAAUUAUAAUGACCCUUUGCCUGGCUCAGCUCCAAACCUUCUCAAUCCAACAGGGCCUCACCAUGGACACAAGCAUCACCAAAUCCUUCAAAAUCCCACCAGCCUCACUCCCCAUCAUCCCAGUUCUGUUCCUGAUCAUCAUAAUCCCUGUCUACGAUCGCAUCUUUGUGCCGAUAGCAAGCAAAUUUACCGGCAUACCUUCCGGCAUAACCCACCUGCAGCGCAUAGGGGUAGGACUAAUCCUGUCCUGUGUCUCCAUGGCUGUGGCUGGCAUCAUGGAAGUGAAGAGAAAAGAUGUGGCAAGAGACCACAACAUGCUGCUAGCAAGGCCAGUGCUUCAGCCACUGCCCAUCAGCACAUUCUGGCUCUCUUUCCAGUACUUCAUAUUUGGAAUUGCAGACUUGUUCACUUAUGUGGGGCUUCUUGAGUUUUUCUACUCAGAGGCGCCUAUGGGCUUGAAAUCUAUCUCAACUUGCUUUCUGUGGAGCUCCAUGGCACUUGGGUAUUUUUUCAGCACCAUAUUGGUGAAGAUUGUGAAUGGUGCAACAAAGGAUGUGACAAGAAGCGGAGGUUGGUUGGCUGGGAACAACAUCAACUUGAACCACUUGAAUCUUUUCUAUUGGUUGCUUUCUUUCAUGAGCUUGAUCAACUUCAUUGUCUAUGUGUUUGUUGCUAAGAGGUACAAAUACAGGCCUGGGAGCCCCAUCCUGCUCUCAAAACAGAACAAGAAAAUUGAGGAAUGACUUCUCAUCCUGAUCACCAGGAUCCAAGAAGAAAUACUAAAUAUAUGUUGAUAAUUUAAUGUAAUGUCAUGUGUGAAAAGUUGGAUAGUUUCAAUAUGAUGAUUUAGGCCUAGGACGUUUGCUUUCCUUUCCAGCUACUACUUCUUGUGUUCAUCCUCAAUGAAAAUCAUGGUGAGUUUCGAUUAUUCCC